ACCAUGACGAAUGGGAUUAUGGAGGAAAGAAAAGGAAAGGAUCGGAAGAUUCGUUCAAAGGCGAUGAUAUUGUCUUGAGAGAUAUUGCCAUGAAGAUCGGGCGGUGGAUUCAGAGAUUCAAGGACAUCGGGGACAUUGUCGUCCAAUACGACCCCGGACACGCUGCGCUGCCGUGGGCGGGCUUCCGAUUCCUGCUGCAGCUUUGCUGGAUAAGCAGGAAAACGGUAGACGCGAUCCUGGUGGACUUGAGAAGAGUGUCUGCAUCACCGAUUGGUGCGCGAUCUACGAGCAUCUCUAUCUAAACAAAACAACGGAGGCUUCUCAAAACCUAGAGAAGUCAAUACUCCGGCUGUACACGGCAAUCUUGAAAUUCCUGGCCAAGUCCAUAACAACCACCUCGAGGCGGUAUUCACGACAGGGGA